ACUUCCGUUCGGCGACAGGAAGUGAGGUAAGACCGGCUGCUUUCCCGCGAGUUCGGCGUUUGCGGAGGCUGUAGCAGCCGAAGUAUAGUGUUUUCCUGGGACUGGCGGUCUCUGCCUUUCUCCUGGGUUUCAUAUCUCUCCGUCCGGUGGCGCGGCCCUGGAGGAGGGCUCGGAAGGGUCUAGCAAUCAGCGCUAGAGGAAGACGAGGCCGGGGAAUGCAUGGCCCCCGGGCAGGUUAGGGGGCUGGAGAGGGCAAAUUACGGAGUACCUGCGGAAACUCUUUAGUGUGGCUUCUCUCUGCUGAGGCCCCGAGAGCUUCCCCAAUUCUCCUCCCAGGACCACCGGGGUUCCUGAAGAUUGCGACUUUUCUGUGCCCCUCCCCCAACAGCCCAUCCCAUGCCUAUGAAGAAAGACCCUUCGUAGAGAUAACUUCCCCCGCUGCUGAGGCGUUUUUCCGUCCGGUCCCCGAAGUAGUCUACUGUGACCUCGUUGUGAGCCUCUGAACGAUUUUUGACACUCUCCCGAAGCCUGGGGUAUUGUAUCCUAACCUUACUGACCCAGAGGUGCUUGCCAUUAUGGGAAAUCAACUUGCUGGCAUUGCUCCCUCCCAGAUCCUUUCUGUGGAGAGUUAUUUUUCAGAUAUUCAUGACUUUGAAUAUGAUAAAAGCCUGGGGAGUACUCGGUUUUUUAAAGUUGCUCGAGCCAAGCAUCGAGAAGGCCUGGUCGUUGUGAAGGUUUUUGCAAUUCAGGAUCCCACAUUGCCUUUAACUAGCUAUAAACAAGAACUGGAGGAACUGAAAAUCAGGCUUAAUUCUGCACAGAAUUGUCUGCCUUUCCAGAAAGCAUCAGAAAAAGCAUCUGAGAAAGCAGCUAUGCUUUUUAGGCAGUAUGUGCGAGACAAUCUCUAUGAUCGCAUCAGUACCCGUCCAUUCUUGAAUAACAUUGAGAAGCGCUGGAUCGCUUUCCAGAUCCUGACAGCUGUGGACCAAGCACACAAGUCUGGAGUUCGUCAUGGGGACAUCAAGACUGAGAAUGUGAUGGUCACCAGUUGGAAUUGGGUUCUUCUAACAGAUUUUGCCAGUUUUAAACCCACUUAUCUUCCAGAAGACAACCCAGCAGAUUUCAAUUAUUUCUUUGACACAUCACGGAGGAGAACUUGCUAUAUUGCUCCUGAACGGUUUGUUGAUGGUGGGAUGUUUGCCACUGAGUUAGAGUAUAUGAGAGAUCCUUCAACUCCACUUGUAGACUUAAAUAGCAAUCAGAGAACCAGAGGCGAGUUGAAGAGAGCAAUGGACAUCUUUUCAGCAGGUUGUGUGAUAGCUGAGCUUUUUACAGAAGGUGUCCCAUUAUUUGAUCUCUCUCAACUUUUGGCUUAUAGAAAUGGGCAUUUUUUCCCUGAACAAGUGCUAAACAAAAUUGAAGAUCGCAGCAUCAGAGAAUUGGUAACUCAGAUGAUUCACCGUGAGCCAGAUAAACGUUUAGAGGCAGAAGAUUACUUAAAGCAGCAGCGUGGCAAUGCUUUUCCUGAAAUAUUUUACACUUUUCUUCAGCCCUACAUGGCCCAGUUUGCCAAGGAAACGUUUCUUUCUGCAGAUGAGCGUAUUCUGGUUAUACGGAAGGAUUUGGGCAAUAUUGUUCACAACCUCUGUGGACAUGAUGUGCCAGAAAAAGCUGAAGGAGAGCCUAAGGAAAAUGGGCUGGUUAUCUUGGUAUCUGUUAUAACAUCCUGCUUACAGACGCUUAAAUACUGUGAUUCCAAACUAGCUGCUUUGGAACUUAUUCUUCAUUUGGCUCCAAGAUUAAGUGUUGAAAUCCUUUUGGAUCGUAUUACUCCAUAUCUUUUGCAUUUUAGCAAUGACACUGUUCCUAGAGUGAGAGCUGAAGCUUUGAGGACAUUGACCAAAGUUCUUGCUCUCGUCAAAGAGGUUCCUCGCAAUGAUAUCAAUAUUUAUCCGGAAUAUAUUCUGCCAGGCAUAGCUCACUUGGCCCAAGAUGAUGCUACUAUCGUUAGACUAGCCUAUGCUGAAAACAUAGCUCUGCUGGCAGAAACAGCUCUGAGAUUUCUGGAAUUAGUACAGUUAAAAAAUCUUAAUAUGGAAAAUGACCCCAAUAAUGAAGAAAUAGAUGAAGUUACACAUCCAAAUGGAAAUUAUGACACAGAGCUUCAAGCCUUACAUGAAAUGGUUCAGCAGAAAGUUGUUACUUUGCUAAGUGACCCUGAAAAUAUUGUAAAACAAACCUUAAUGGAAAAUGGAAUAACACGGCUAUGUGUAUUCUUUGGACGUCAGAAAGCCAAUGAUGUUUUGUUGUCCCACAUGAUUACUUUCCUAAAUGAUAAGAAUGAUUGGCAUCUACGUGGAGCAUUUUUUGAUAGUAUAGUUGGUGUUGCUGCCUAUGUUGGCUGGCAAAGCUCCUCAAUUCUUAAGCCCCUGCUGCAACAAGGCCUUAGUGAUGCUGAGGAAUUUGUUAUUGUGAAAGCUCUUUAUGCCCUUACUUGUAUGUGCCAGUUAGGAUUGCUGCAAAAACCCCAUGUUUACGAAUUUGCCAGUGAUAUUGCCCCCUUCCUGUGUCAUCCCAAUUUAUGGAUACGCUAUGGUGCUGUGGGAUUUAUCACAGUGGUAGCUCAUCGAAUAAGUACAGCUGAUGUCUACUGUAAACUGAUGCCUUAUCUUGACCCAUACAUUACCCAACCAAUAAUACAGAUUGAAAGAAAACUUGUUCUUCUCAGUGUUUUAAAGGAACCAGUAAGCCGUUCUAUAUUUGAUUAUGCUUUGAGGUCUAAAGAUAUUACUAGCUUGUUCAGACAUCUUCACAUGCGUCAGAAGAAACGAAAUGGGUCUCUUCCUGACUGCCCUCCACCAGAGGAUCCUGCCAUAGCACAGCUUCUGAAGAAACUGCUCUCACAGGGAAUGACAGAGGAAGAGGAAGACAAGCUUCUGGCACUGAAAGACUUCAUGAUGAAAUCUAAUAAAGCAAAGGCGAAUAUAGUGGAUCAGAGCCAUCUUCAUGAUAGUAGUCAGAAAGGUGUAAUUGACUUGGCAGCUUUAGGCAUAACUGGGAGACAAGUUGAUCUCAUUAAAACCAAACAAGAACCAGAUGACAAACGUGCUAGAAAACAUGUAAAACAAGACUCAAAUGUAAAUGAAGAAUGGAAAAGCAUGUUUGGGUCACUGGAACCACCAAACAUGCCACAGGCCCUACCUAAAGGGAGUGACCAGGAGGCGAUUCAGACUGGGAAGCCUCCUCGUUCUGAGUCUUCUGCUGGCAUUUGUGUCCCUUUGUCAACUUCUCCACAGGUUCCAGAAGUAACAACUGUCCAAAAUAAGAAACCAGUAAUACCAGUUUUAAGUAGUACAAUCUUACCAUCCACCUAUCAGAUUCGGAUUACAACUUGUAAAACUGAACUUCAGCAACUUAUUCAACAGAAGCGGGAGCAGUGCAAUGCUGAGAGAAUAGCCAAGCAGAUGAUGGAAAAUGCUGAAUGGGAGAGUAAACCACCACCACCAGGAUGGCGUCCUAAAGGACUAUUAGUUGCCCAUCUGCAUGAGCAUAAAUCUGCUGUGAAUCGAAUUAGAGUCUCUGAUGAACACUCACUUUUUGCAACAUGUUCAAAUGAUGGCACAGUGAAAAUUUGGAACAGUCAAAAGAUGGAGGGGAAGACCACCACUACCAGAUCUAUUCUUACAUAUAGCCGAAUUGGAGGACGAGUCAAGACGCUCACAUUCUGCCAAGGCUCCCACUAUUUAGCCAUAGCAUCUGAUAAUGGUGCUGUCCAGCUUCUUGGAAUUGAGGCUUCUAAGCUACCCAAGUCUCCUAAAAUCCAUCCUCUACAAAGCAGAAUUCUAGAUCAGAAGGAGGACGGUUGUGUUGUGGAUAUGCAUCACUUCAACUCUGGGGCGCAGUCUGUUCUUGCCUAUGCCACUGUGAAUGGCUCUCUGGUUGGCUGGGAUCUUAGGUCUUCAAGCAAUGCGUGGACUUUAAAGCAUGAUUUAAAGUCGGGCCUCAUCACUUCCUUUGCUGUGGACAUUCACCAAUGCUGGCUCUGCAUUGGUACAAGCAGUGGUACCAUGGCUUGUUGGGACAUGAGGUUCCAGUUGCCAAUUUCAAGUCACUGUCAUCCUUCCAGGGCUCGAAUCAGGCGCCUCUCGAUGCACCCUCUGUAUCAGUCCUGGGUGAUUGCAGCUGUUCAGGGCAACAAUGAAGUGUCCAUGUGGGACAUGGAGACUGGUGACAGAAGAUUCACUCUCUGGGCCAGCAGUGCACCACCACUUUCUGAAUUACAGCCUUCUCCUCAUAGUGUUCAUGGUAUCUACUGUAGUCCUGCAGAUGGAAAUCCUAUCCUGCUAACAGCUGGCUCAGAUAUGAAAAUAAGGUUUUGGGACUUGGCUUACCCAGAAAGGUCCUAUGUUGUUGCAGGAAGUACUAGUUCCCCAUCUGUGUCCUACUACAGGAAAAUAAUUGAAGGCACUGAAGUUGUCCAGAGUUUUUCGCUCUUGUUACCCAGGCUGGAGUGCAAUGGCGCGAUCUCGGCUCACCACAACCUCCGCCUCCUGGUUCAGGCAAUUCUCCUGCCUCAGCCUCCCGAGUAGCCAGGAUUACAGGCACGUGCCACCAUGCCCAGCUAAUUUUUUGUAUUUGUAGUAGAGACGGGGUUUCACCAUGUUGACCAGGAUGCUCUCGAUCUCUUGACCUCGUGAUCCAUCGCCUCGGCCUCCCAAAGUGCUGGGAUUACAGGCUUGAGCCACCGCGCCCGGCAACUCUCAUUAUUUCUAUCUUAUCUUUCCAAUUAGAUACAGGUUAGAUCUUUCCAUUUCAUUUUGUCUCUAAAACUCUUGAUCAUCUCUGCGUUCUAUUUCAGCAUUUUUUAUAGUUCAUUAUCCUUCUCUUCAGACACAUUUAGUACUCUGUUUACUCUUUCACUAAGUUUUACAAGUUUUGUUUUAAAUUGUGAAAUUCAAAGAAAAUUAGAAUGAGCAGAACCAUAAAUACCUGUGUAUCUUUCACCUGUAUUCUCUAACUGUUACUUUUUUUUUUUUUUUUUUUUUUUGAGACAGAGUUUUCGCUCUUGUUACCCAGGCUGGAGUGCAAUGGCGUGAUCUCGGCUCACCGCAACCUCUGCCUCCUGGGUUCAGGCAAUUCUCCUGUCCCAGCCUCCUGAGUAGCUGGGAUUACAGGCACAUGCCACCAUGCCCAGCUAAUUUUUUGUAUUUUUAGUAGAGACGGGGUUUCACCAUGUUGACCUGGAUGGUCUCGAUCUCUUGACCUCAUGAUCCACCCACCUCGGCCUCCCAAAGUGCUGGGAUUACAGACUUGAGCCAUGGCGCCCAGCCUAAACUGUUACUAUCUUGCUACUCUAUGUGUAUAUAUGUAUAUAAUGUACAUGUAUAUUCACACACACGUACCCUAUCCUACUUCCCUUUAGGAAAACCAUCAGAAGGCAGGCUGCAGCCCACAUCAUAUAUGUUACUCUUAAGUACAUCAGCAUACCUAUCUCAAGAACAAAGACAUUCUCCUAUAAAAACAUGAUACUAUUAUCACAUACGAGGAUAUUCACAUAAUAUCAUCCAACAUUGUUCAUACUCACAUUUUCCCGAUUGUUCCCCAAAUGUCAUUUCUAUUAGCUUUUUUCCAAUCUUAGAUCGAAUUAAGGUUCACACAAUUACAUCUGACCAUUUUAUCUCAUUAGUGUCUCCCAUUCUGUCACAGCACCCCAUGUCCCUCUCUUCUUCAUGAUAUGAAACCUAUAAACAGUGUAGGCAAGGUGUUCUGAAAAACAUUCUAGAUUCUGGACUCAUCCAGUGGUUUACACAUUAUUAGACUUGAAUCAAACAUCCUAUCUGAGGUCCAGCAAGAUGCUCACGGAAGUAAUGUUGCAUACCUCCCACUGCAUCCCCUUGGGAGGCACGUAACACCAGAUCUCCCCAUGUAAAGGCAAUCUGGAAAUGUAAACAUUUUCCUGUUUGUAAUUAGUAACUAGCAUGUGAGUAGUUCUGCAAGACUUGUUUAAACAGCCUGUUCUUCAACGACCUCAUGUUCCUCAACAACACAUUGUUUUGGCACUCUGUCAUGAUCAAAUAUUUGUUAUUAACAUUGUUAUUACAUUGUGAACCACAAACUGGGGAUUAUCUAAUUCUACCAUUCCUUCUACAUGUAUUAGCUAGCAUUGUUGUAUAAAGAAUCACCUUUUCUCUCUUCCUUUAUUUUGGGGGGUAUCUAUAUAAACUCGUGAAUUUUAAAAAUUCAAAGUGUUACAAUUCAUUAUAUUUAUACUUUCUAACAUUCAACUUACUCAAAAUUAGGCCAGUGGGAAUCCCAUCAAGACAUUUCCUUUGUUCUUUUCAAAAGACAUUGUUGGUUUUUAAUGAUUUUCUUGCUUUUUGGCAUAGCACGUUUUUCCAGCUGCAGUCUAAAAUCAGGACUUUCUCUAAGAAACUCUGGUUCCUUUUCAAGGUAGUUAGAAACCACAAUGUGGUCAUGAGGCAUGCUCACUGUCAUUGGGGUGUCCCAUUUGGGUGUUUUAUUUCAACACUUAGAUUUUCCAUUUUAAAAAACAAUUUGUCAGAUCAAUGUGGUCAUUUAAAGCAACUUCAGCAAGGUCUCAGGAUACAAAAUCAAUGUGCAAAAAUCACAAGCAUUCUUAUAUACCAAUAACAGAGAGCCAAAUCAAGAGUGAACUCCCAUUCACAAUUGCUACAAAGAGAAUAAAAUACCUAGGAAUACAACUAACAAAGGAUGUAAAGGACCUCUUCAAGGAGAACUACAAACCACUGCUCAACGAAAUAAGAGAGGACACAAACAGAUGGAGAAACAUUCCAUGCUCAUGGUUAGGAAGAAUCAAUAUCGUGAAAAUGGCCAUACCACCCAAAGUAAUCUAUAGAUUCAACACUAUCCCCAUCAAGCUACCAAUGACCUUCUUCACAGAACUGGAAAAAACCACUUUAAACUUCAUAUGGAAUCACAAAACCCUGCACAGCCAAGACAAUCCCAAGCAAAAAGAAAAAGGUGGAGGCAUCACGCUGCUGGACUUCAAACUAUACUACAAGGCUACAGUAAUCAAAACAGCAUGGUAUUGGUACCAAAACAGAGACAUAAACCAAUAGAACAGAACAGAGACUCCAGAAGAAACAGCACACAUCUACAACCAUCUGAUCUUCAACAAACCCGGCAAAAACAAGCAAUGGGGAAAGGACUCCAUGUUUAAUAAAUGGUGUUGGGAAAACUGGCUAGCAAUGUGCAGAAAGCAGAAAUUGGACCCCUACCUGUCACCUUACACUAAAAUUAACUCCAGAUGGAUCAAAGAUUUAAACAUAAAACCUAACACCAUAAAAACACUAGAAGAAAAUACAGGCAAACCAUCCAGGACAUAAGCAUAGGCAAGAACUUCAUGACUAAAAUACCAAAAGCAAUGGCAACAAAAGCCAGGAUAGACAAAUGGGACCUAAGUAAACUCCAGAGCUUCUGUACAGCAAAAGAAAUCAUCAUUAGAGUGAAUCGGCAACUAACAGAAUGGGAAAAAAAUUUUUGCAAUCUACCAAUCUGACAAAGGGCUAAUAUCCAGAAUCUACAAAGAACUAAAACAGAUAUACAAGAAAAAAACAACCCCAUUCAAAAGUGGACAAAGGAUAUGAACAGAUACUUUUCAAAAGAGGACAUAUAUGAGGCCAACAAAUAUGAAAAAAUGCUCAUCAUCACUAGUCGUUAGAGAAAUGCACAUCAAAAGCACACAGAUAUCUCACGCCAGUUAGAAUGGUGAUCAUUAAAAAAUCUGGAGACAACAGAUAUGGGAGAGGAUGUGGAGAAAUAGGAACACUCUUACAUGUUGGUGGGAGUGUAAGUUAGUUCAACCAUUGUGGAAGACAGUGUGGCUAUUUCUCAAGAAUCUAGAAAUAGAAAUUCCAUUUGACCCAGCAAUCCCACUACUGGGUAUAUAUCCAAAGGAUUAUAAAUCGUUCUACUAUAGAGACACAUGCACACGAAUGUUAAUUGCAGCCCUGUGUAAUAGCAAACACCUGGAACCAACCCAAAUGCUCAUCAAUGAUAGACUGGACAAAGAAAAUGUGGUACAUAUACACCAUGGAAUACUAUGCAGCCAUAAAAAACGAGUUUGUGUCCUUUGUAGGGACUUGGAUGAAUCUGGAAACCAUUAUUCUCAUCAAACUGACACAAGAACAGAAAGCCAACCAUCAUAUGUUCUCACUCAUAGGUGGGUGUUGAACAACAAAAACACAUGGACUCAGGGAGAGGAGCAUCACACACUGGGGAUGGUUGAGGGGC